GUGUUUUGAUGGCCAGAUGAUAAAGAAAGAGCUUCUCCUAUUUCAUUAAAUGGAGGGAGCAGUGGAGGUGCUGAGCUCUACAAGAGCAAAGAACCUGUUUUCAUUAUGAAGAGAUUUUGGAUGAACGUUUCUGUGCUUUGAAAAAAAAAAUCCUGUUGCUCAACUAGAGGGGUAGCAGGUUGUGUGCAUCACACUCAAGCUUUAGAGACAUCUGCUGUUGCUUAUUGUUUCACAUACCUGGCUUUACCAUGCAGUCAAUUUAAGCAAGUGGCUCUAUGGAUUCGUGCCUGAUGAUCUGGAGUAUGAGACCUCAGAUGAGAGCCUAUCGCUUCGUGGGCCACAAAGAUGCAGUGAUGUGUGUUCAGUUUUCACCUUCGGGUCACCUGGUGGCUUCAGGCUCUAGAGACAAAACAGUCCGUUUAUGGGUUCCUAGUGUCAAAGGAGAAUCUACUGUGUUCAAGGCUCAUACGGCAACUGUAAGAAGUGUUCACUUCUCCAGCGAUGGCCAGUCCUUAGUUACAGCUUCUGAUGACAAAACAGUCAAAGUGUGGACGGUUCACAGGCAGAAGUUUCUAUUCUCACUUAGUCAGCACAUAAACUGGGUUCGCUGUGCCAGAUUCUCUCCUGAUGGACGAUUGAUAGUGUCAGCCAGUGAUGACAAAACUGUCAAACUGUGGGAUAAAACCAGCAGAGAAUGUAUACACUCCUUCUGUGAGCAUGGGGGGUUUGUGAACCAUGUGGAUUUUCAUCCCAGUGGCACAUGCAUUGCUGCGGCUGGCACAGAUAACACAGUGAAGGUGUGGGACGUUAGGAUGAAUAGACUUCUUCAACAUUAUCAAGUGCACAGUGCUGUGGUAAACAGUCUUUCCUUUCACCCCUCUGGAAACUAUCUGGUUACUGCUUCCAAUGAUUCAACUCUUAAAAUUCUGGACUUGCUAGAAGGAAGACUUCUGUACACUCUUCAUGGUCACCAGGGACCAGCUACCUGUGUAGCGUUUUCAAGAGCUGGCGACUUAUUUGCCUCCGGAGGUUCUGAUGAACAGGUGAUGGUGUGGAAGACUAACUUCGAUGCAGCAGAUUAUGGUGAGGUACUGAAAACACAGAAGUCUGGCACUAGUGUGGAUGAGACCCAUCAUGCUGUGCAAUCAGAAAUGGAUUGUGGUGUUCAUCUUAAGAAAACAAAAACUCGAGAUUCUGGUAGGAACCAUGAGCAGCAAGAGGAGGAGGCCAGUCUUGCAAAUACCUUGGAGCAUAUUAUGGCACAGCUGGAUGUUCUGACUCAGGCCGAGUCUGUGAAGAUGAAGACAAAUGUUGCAGGAAGUGUUGGUAAAAGUGAUUUCAGUGAAGCUUUCUACAGUUGCAGCAAUGCUGCAUUAGGCAGCAGGAGUUCUCUCUACCUUGUCGCAGGUCAGCGGUGCAUGUGUAGUAGCAGUAAGUUUUGAACUACGUUUGGGGAGAGGGAAAAAAGGGUGUGUUAUGGCAAAUGCCAUGAUGCACAGUCCUUUCUGAUUGUGCUGAUAGUCUUGCAAGAUGGCUUUGCCAUAGUGCUUGGUGGUGUUUUUACAAUGUCUUUUUUCUACCACACCCCUUGUCUUGUUCCCCAAAUCAUUUUACGGGAGACUUUUCCUAGUCACUCAAAUGGCCUUAGCCAAGCUAUUUCCUCUCUUUGUGCUUUAGUUUCCCCAGCUGGAAAACAGGGAUAACGAGACCUGCUUUCUUUUGUCAGGCACUUGGAUGUGCUUAUGAAAUGUGCUAUUAAAAGGCUUUCUAUGUAUAACUUCUAUACAAACAGCGGUUGUCCAAGUUUAUUUGAAUUACUUUAUUAAAGUCCAAGGUUCUGAACAUCCUUUGUUUUUAACAGAGGAUGUUAUUUAUGCAGUAAAAAUUCUCAAAAUGUGAAGCUAUUGAUUGUUGCUGAUAAGUUUAUGGAUAUUAAAGCAUUAAAUCAUGACUGCCUAUUACCAGCCAUUCCGGUGUCUUUGGAAGCUGAAAGCGGCUUUGCAUAGCUAGGUCCCUUGAUUACCUCGGAGUGAUCAAUAAAAGGUUUUCAGCAGAGGCUUUUAUUGCCACAUGGUUAAAAGGUUCUUCCUGUGCAUCCUGUACAUGAUGACUUCAGCUUGAGGACAAAGAUAUAACAAUCCUUUGUGGGCUAACUGGAUUACACAAAAGUAUUUAGGCAUUAUGUUGAGGUAGAUAUUGCCACUUUGGGUUUCAAUUCCCCUCCGUUGCCUGUUGCAUUGCUGUACGCUGGGAGGGAUUUCUUGCUUGACAUUGUGCUUGUCCAGCAAGUUUUGCAUGUUUUAAUUGCAGCAAACUGAUGAUGUUCAGGGAAGGGAGGAAAGAGUUGGAAGCAAAGAGGCAAAAUCACAGCCAAAACUGCGCAGAACUACUCAAAACCUCUGUGUGUCAUCAGCAGAAGAGUUUCUGAUGAGCUCUCCAGUGUCUGGUGGCUUAUGCACAUGGAAGGACAGAACCUGCCUGUGAAAGGAGAUGCAGAGUCCAAUUUGAAAGCACAGAGUACUAAAACGGGUGCUUGGCGCUGUGUCUGCAGGAGAGCUCCAUCCCCACCAUCCUCUGUUGCUUCUCUCUGAAGUUGUGUGGGGCUGAGCCCUGCUAAAACGCUGAUGUUGGAGCUACAGCCCUGAAAUACCUCAAAAAAAACCUCCUGUGAAUUUAGCAUUUUGUUGCUCACUGAGAGGAGAGUAUGUAGCUUGUCUUUCUGAG